UGAGGUUUGCACUCUCAUUGAAUUUCUUAUCUUUGAUCCUCAGACAUUCAAAGACAAAAAAAUUACAAAACAACACACACACACACAAGAAACAAAUAUAUCUUGUGAGUAAAACUAAAUAAGGGGAAAUAAACAUGUCUUUCACUGGAACUCUUGAUAAAUGCAAGGCUUGUGACAAGACUGUUUAUGUGGUUGAUUUGUUAACUCUUGAAAAUAUUCCAUACCAUAAAAGCUGCUUCAAAUGUAGUCAUUGCAAGGGAAAUCUUACGAUGAGUACAUACUCCUCCAUGGAUGGAAUUCUCUAUUGCAAAACACAUUUUGAACAGCUUUUCAAGGAAUCUGGCAAUUUUAGCAAGAACUUUGCAAAGUCUUCUGACAAAGCAAAUGAGCUGAAUAGGACACCAAGUAGACUAUCUUCCAUGUUCAGUGGUACCCUGGACAAAUGUGCGACUUGCUCUAAAACUGUCUAUCCGCUGGAAAAGGUUUGUCGCGAUUCUUGAUUUUGAGGAAAAUUGUUGUUUUUGUUAUGAUCCUUGAUUUUGCGGAAAAUUGUUUCUUAUAAAAAUUUGGUUGUGACAUUGGAAGGAGAAAUCUACCACAAGACAUGCUUUAGGUGUGCUCAUGCAGGGUGCCCUCUCACACAUUCAAACUAUGCUGCUCUUGAUGGUGUCCUAUACUGCAGGGUUCAUUUUGCACAACUUUUCAUGGAGAAAGGUAACUACAGUCAUGUACUCAAAUCUGCACACAAGAGGAAUGGUUCUUCUUCUGAAUCAGUUGAAGUUGUUGAAGAGCCUUCACAAUCAGCAGAAGCACCUCAAGAUCAUCCAGAAGAAACCUCUUGAAUGAAACAGUAACAAAAAAAUAUGAAAAAUUCCUUCCUCCCUUUGUUUUGGAGCAAGGGUUUUUUUAGUUGAAUUUUACUGUCCAAAAUAUUUGUUCAAAAGUUAUUUUUUGGGUUUAAUUUGUAAGCUAUAUAACAUGAGAGGUUUGUUUAUUUGUUCAAAAUUUCAAACCAAA